AUGUUCACCAUAAAGUAUCUUGUGAUUUUCUUCAUCAUAAUUCUACCUGAUGAACUCCAAAGUCGACCACAAGUGGACUGGUUUGAGAGUAUAAAUACACUAUUUACUGCCCAUAAAAUACAUACAGCUUUAUUCAUACAUUCCAAUAACACAGAUGAUUCUGAUAUAAAAGACGGAUUGUUUGCAAAAAUCAUGGAGUCUAUUCCCAGUGUAUCAUUCGAAAUGGACCACGAAGGUAUUGUGCCAAAAGACUUGGAUAUUGGUGUUUUAUCAAAGCUAUCAACUUCUUUGCUCUUCAUACAUUAUGCUAAAUAUUCUGGAAACCCUGUUCAAAUAUACCGCGUAAUGCAUUCGAUCAACAAGUUGGCAGACUUUUCUGUAAACUGCUAUCUUCUUAUCGUGUUGGAAACAUCAUCAAAUUCCAGUGAAGAAAUCGAAGAUAUCCUGCAACACGCUUGGAAUAAAACUAUAUUGAACAUGGCGAUCGUAGAAAUUCGUCUAGCAGCGAAUUUCAAUACAUCUACCACAGUAAUUGCUGAGAUCUCAAAAUUUUCUGAUGAAGCUAACCGCGGACUUCACAAGAAUAUUGCAAGUCGAGUGAUAAUCCAUCAGUUCAAUCCAUUCAUCAAGAAAUUUUACCACCUGGAAUUUUCUUCCGGGAAGGAGUUAUUCCCCAAUUAUGCGAAGAAUAUGCACGGGCAUGGGCUGAAAGUGGUUAUUGUCGAUCAACCGCCAUUUGCUUCCGUCACGUGGAAAGAAGAUGGCGAAGUGGGGAAAAUGUCGGGGCCGAAUAUUCUUCUGAUGCAGACUAUUACUGAAAAAUUGAAUGCCACUCCUGUCAUUCUACCAAAACCUAAGAAUAUGAGGUUCUGGCUGAGCAACUUCACGGUUGAAGACUUAAUUAAUGAGAGUCUCAAUUGGGAUCUCACUGCGCAUUUAUGCGUUCGUUUUACUGAGCAUAUACUGGAGGAAUCUGUGAGAUCGCAGAACAUUAUAACUCAUGAGCUGGGUGUACUGAUGCCGAGGGGCUAUGCGAUUAACAAUAAAAUCAUAAAUAACAUUCUUGAGAGCAGUGCGCUUACACUGGUGAUGAUGCUAGCCAUUUGGCUCGCAGCGAUCCUUCUGAAGUUCGAUCGGAAAUUUUGGAAGCUGAGCACUAUUUUUCGCUGGAUAUUCUCAAUUUCAGUACAUCAUCAGCCUUCCAGAAACUUCGAACGAAUUUUCUUUUUCGUUGUCGUCAUGCUGGGGUUCAUAUAUGCGAAUAAUAUUUAUGCCUCAUUGACCAAUCUCGGUGUUGAUCCUCUCGUAGAAAAUGAUUAUGAAACACUGGAAGCCAUUGAUGAUACAGGGUUGACUCCAAUGAUACGGAAUCCACUAUUCCGAAGAACAUUUAAGAAUGCGACUGGUGUUGAACUGAAUUUGAAAAGAAGAAGUAUCAGAGUAAUGGAGAUUACAGACUGUACUCAAAUAGCAAUAUUGCAUCGUAACGUUUGCUGUGUUCUAUUUAAGAGCGAGGCUGAGUAUCACAAACAGUGGAGUCGCACCAAAAACGGUGAAAACCAAUUGAAAUUUGCGGCACCAAUUUUUUGGUCUCAUCACGCAGCUUUCCUCUUUCGCCAGAGUUUGCCUGGAAGAAAGAAUAUAAAUAAAGUUAUUAAGCGAUGUUCGGAAGCUGGCCUUCUCAGUAAAUGGUACACACAUAUGACGAGAGGUUUCGGCGGCAUCGCGGAAGAUGUUGCGCACGUGACGGAUGACUUGCAUACUCUACGGGGACAACUUAUUGUAGUCGCUGCACUUGGCCAUUCGCUUGCUGCACUUGUAUUGAUUGGAGAACUGCUCACUCAUCGUUUCAGAAAUUCUUUCAAGAAGAAGUGCAGAAGAACUAAGAAAUCACAUUAG